AAGAGGAGGCAUCCUCCAUCAGAACUGUUAACCCACAAGCGAGAGAUGAAACAUUGGAGCAAUUGCUGGCUCAGGUUCGCGAUUUGCAAGCCCGAGUUGAGGGACGACAAACUGGUGGUUCAAGAGGACAUCUAUUCUCGCAGCAUAUCCUCGACGCCGACCUACCCCAAGGUUUCCGUGAUCUGAACAUAAGGUACGACGGGUCGACCGAUCCAUUUCGACACAUGAGGAGUUUCGAGAACAUGGCGGAUUUUGAUGGAUUCAGCUCAAGUUUUCUCAAUCAAUUUGCAAGUGUUAGACCACAGGAGAAGUCAUAUCUAACUUUGAUGGGCAUACAACAAAAAGAAGGUGAGUCACUACGAGAUUAUGUGGCGAGAUACACGCGGGCAUGCAUCGAGAUGCCUAGGGCGUCGGUGGAGAUAAAGGCGGGAGGUUUGACUCGAGGGCUACUACCAGGCUUAUGUAGGAAUUCUCUGGCGAAGCGCCCAGGUAGAACGUUCGAUGAAGUGUUGAAGAGAUGUGCGAAAUACAUGAAUAUCAAGGAAGCAGAAGCCGACUUCUUGCAAACGGCCAAAGUAAUGAAAACGGAUUCUUGUGACGAGAAGAGGGAAAGGAAGAAUCCCUCGACUGGGGAGAGAAAAGGGUCCCCACGAACGGAAAGAGAAGGGCGACCUAGGAGUUGGAGGCCUACUCAGUACACCCCUCUGGCGGCUCCCCAAGCCAGGAUUCUCGAGGUCAUAGAAAGGGAGAUUCGCGACAAUAUGGUGAGAUGGCCCAAAACGAGGAAUGACGGGCCGACAAAACCCAAAAGCAAUCUAUACUGUCGAUUUCACAAAGAUUAUGGGCAUAAUACUGACGAUUGUAGACACCUCAAAGACAAGAUCGAGAGGUUGAUAAAAGCGGGUCAUUUGAAAGAAUUCAUAUACAAGGACCGCGAGAGAACGGGCCGAAAGAGAGAGAGGAGCAAGAGCCCUCAUAAGAGGGCGAGGUCACCCAAGAAGGAGGAGCUUCCCCCAAAAAGGGGAGUAAUUCAUAUGAUUUUCGGUGGGCUAACUGAUGGAGACUCAAAUCGAGCAGGAAAAGCGUAUGCCCGAGGGAGACACUCUAAGGUCAAGGUACAACAAGUCGAUGAGGGAGGCCCAGUGAUGAAUUUUGGGCCAGCAGAUGUAGGAGAGGUCGAAAGGCCUCACAAUGAUGCUUUAAUGAUAACCGCCCAAGUAUCGGGCUACGAAGUGCAAAGAAUCUUUGUCGACACGGGAAGUUCAGUGAAUGUGAUCUUUUAUGACUGUCUCAAAUGGAUGGAUCUCGACAUCGAGCUUACGCCUCUACAUACAUCACUCUUUGGUUUCAAUGGAUCAGAAGUCGCACCCCUAGGAGAAACCACACUCACUGUCGUCCUAGGGGAAGGCGACUUGAGGAAA